CUAAACCAUCCGCAACUGCGCAAUGAUGUUCACGUUACCAAGUACAUGGUUCGCGUUUUUUCUAGUCGUUCAAAUACUUCAUAAUGUUUCUAGUGAUGUAAAUAUAAAAAAUGACAUAAAAAUUUUGAUGGGAUAUCCACCGGACUCGCUUUCUAAUUUUACCGAAUUGGCAACAAAGUAUGGGUACGUAUCCGAAGAACAUAUAGUAACGACUGAUGAUGGCUAUAUAUUGACUAUGUUUAGAAUAACCAAAGGAAGGAAUUGCAAUGGACCCAUAAGGAAGCCUCCAGUAGUUCUGAUGCACGGACUGCUCAUGAGUUCAGACUGCUACCUGGACGCCGGGCUCGACGCAGGCCUCGCCUACCUCAUAUCGGACCUCUGUUACGACCUCUGGGUCCCUAACAUGAGAGGGAAUUACUACUCCAAAAGACACAUCCAACUCGAUCCGGCAACAGAUAGGGAAUUCUGGGAUUUUUCCAACUUGGAGUUGGGAUACUACGACAUUCCCGCUUUCAUUGACUAUAUCCUCAGUAAAACCAAGUCUAGGAAACUCAACUAUAUUGGAUUCUCCCAGGGUUGCAGCACUUUCUUUAUAAUGAACGCCGAAAGACCCGAGUAUAACGACAAAAUUGGCGUAGCGAUCCUUCUAGAGCCGAGCUCGAGGCAAACAAACAUGAGGGCGCAGUUUUCCAGACUGGUGUUUACUGCUUACGCCGCCGCCCUGCCCGCGCUAUACCGCGCCGGCCAAUGCGAGGCGCUACCUCAGGGCGGGAUCGUGCAGCAAGUCGCGGCGUUCAUCUGUAAGGACUAUAUCGCGGCGAACACUCUGUGCAGGGUUGCGACGUCAUUGAUCGACUCCUCUCACCCAGGCUCCGUGGAGACGCAAACUAUGCGUGUGCUCUUUGGUCACUUCCCCGCGGGCACGUCCACAAAAAACCUCGCUUGGUACGGUCAGGGCCUUAAAACUGACACAUUUCAGAAUUUUGACUACGGCGUUGAUGAAAACUUGCAAUUCUACGGCAGUGUCAAACCUCCUCCUUACAAUCUCAGUCAGGUAACAGCGCCCGUUGUAAUUAUUAACGGGAACAAUGACGGUCUAGUGACGCCAGACGACGUCGACUGGCUGACCAGCAAACUGCCAAACGUGCUGGAGCACUUCGUAGUGCAGGAUCAGCUCUGGAAUCACCUUGAUGUGGCAUAUAGUCAAUAUACCAGUAAAAGCAUAUUACCUAAGAUAUCGCAAUAUUUGCGAAGUUAUAGCACAUAG